AGCUCGGAGGCUGGCAUUAGUGGGCGAACCUCGAGCAUAUUUUUUCGAAUUUACGGAGUUAUAAACAUAUGGGGGUUAGCCGUGAAAUUAAUAGAAUUUUGGCCUUUUCUCAACUGUUCGGCAUUCUAAUAAUGGACGAUGAGUCGAAUUCUGCAGAAACAGCGCCGUUUUCUCUGGUCGCUUUUUCUGAGAAACGUCACACAGAAAGCAUCGAGGGUAUCAAUACAAUCAACCACACAUGGCGCAUGAAAGAGCGGAUGAAAACCGUAAGUGUUGCCUUGGUCCUUUGCCUCAACGUCGGAGUGGACCCGCCAGACAUUGUGAAAACACAGCCCUGCGCCAGACUCGAGUGCUGGAUUGAUCCUCUAUCAAUGAGUGCUCAAAAGGCCCUUGAAAGCAUUGGCGCCAGUCUGCAGAGCCAGUAUGAACGGUGGCAGCCGAGGGCGCGCUACAAGCAGAGCCUGGACCCCACCAUGGAGGAGGUGAAGAAGCUGUGCACGUCCCUGCGUCGAAACGCCAAGGAGGAGCGAGUGCUGUUGCACUACAACGGCCACGGAGUGCCUCGGCCGACGGCCAACGGCGAGAUUUGGGUCUUCAACAGGACCUACACCCAGUACAUACCGCUGUCUGUGUACGAUCUGCAAGCGUGGAUGGGAUCUCCAUCCAUAUACGUGUAUGACUGCUCCAAUGCUGGCAUGAUUGUCAAAACGUUCAACAAUUUUGCUGAACAGCACGAAAAGGAAUAUGAGAUGAGUAACAGAGGUACUGGUGUGCCGCCUGCCAUCUUCAAAAACUGCAUACAGCUAGCUGCUUGCGCCGAAAACCAGAUAUUGCCUAUGAACGCUGAGUUACCUGCUGAUUUAUUUACUGCCUGCCUUACAACACCAAUAAAAAUAGCACUGAAAUGGUACGUCAUGCAAAAUACACAAAGUUUAAUGCCAAAUGUUACUCUUGAUCUCAUCGAAAAAGUGCCAGGCCAGUUGAGCGACAGACGUACAAUGUUGGGAGAACUCAACUGGAUUUUCACUGCCAUUACUGACACUAUAGCUUGGAACACACUCCCAAGAGAACUAUUCCAAAAGCUUUUUCGUCAAGAUCUGCUGGUGGCUAGUUUGUUUCGCAAUUUUUUGCUAGCCGAGAGGAUAAUGCGGUCGUACGAUUGUGUUCCUGUUUCUUCACCUAGUCUACCGCCAACUUACCAGCAUCCUAUGUGGCAAGCCUGGGAUUUGGCCCUGGACCUGUGUUUAGGGCAGCUGCCUGACAUUUUAAACAAUGAUACACCAUUUGAGCAUUCAAAUUUCUUUGAAGAGCAGCUGACGGCGUUUGAGGUGUGGCUCGCACUCGGCUCUGAAGACAGAAGUCCUCCAGAGCAGUUACCUGUUGUCCUACAAGUUCUGCUGAGUCAGGUGCACAGGGUUCGAGCAUUGGACCUGCUCGGAAAAUUCCUCGACCUGGGACCGUGGGCUGUGAAUCUGGCGUUGUCUGUUGGAAUAUUCCCCUACGUGUUGAAGUUGCUUCAGAGCUCAGCCAAAGAGUUGCGACCGCUGCUUGUUUUCAUUUGGGCCAAGAUUUUAGCUGUUGACAGAACGUGCCAGUCCGACCUUGUGAGAGACAGUGGACACAAAUAUUUCUUAUCGGUGCUUCAAGACUAUACUAUGAGUAGUGAGAAUCGUACAACCGCAGCAUUUAUUUUGGCCUGCAUGGUGCAAGACUACCCUGCUGGUCAGGAAGUGGCCCUGCAAGGAUCUUUGGUGUCAAUCUGCCUAGAGCAGCUGGAAAAUAGCCACGCGAGGCUGCGGCAGUGGCUGGCGCUGGCGUUGGGCCGUCUUUGGGAGAGGCAUGAGGCGGCCAGGUGGUGCGGCGUGCGAGACUCUGCCCACGAAAAGCUUUACCAAUUGCUCAAGGACCCUGUGCCGGAGGUUCGCGCUGCGGCGGUUUACGCACUCGGCACUUUUAUCGCCAGCGUCUCUGAGAGGAGUGAGCACGCCAACAAAAUCGACCACAACGUCGCCAUGACCCUGAUCACCACUGUGGGCCAGGACAUGAGUCCGCUGGUCAGAAAGGAAAUGUUGAACGCACUGCAAUGGCUGGUCCUCAUUUUUGAAGCGUCUUUCUGUGCAGCAUUCCUUAAUUCUCCAAUAGAUGACAAUAAAUCGCUUCGAGAAGGCGCUUUGAGCCCUCUGCCAGCACAAGCCGAAAGUAGCCUGCUGUCUCCCCUAAGUGGAAUGCGCCGCAUUGCCUCCCGUGAUCGUUUAAAAAUCCUCUCACCCGGACACUUUUUCGGUACGGACGCACCUGUUAGUGGCAUUACCCCAUCGGAUAACGUCCCGACUGACAAAAUAAAACGAGUUUUAUCCACUUCAUCCUUAAAUAGCAUUGCCAGCAGCUCGUCAGCCUUGGCUAGCACGUCGGCCACGACAAGCGUCUACGUCAAACAACUGCAGGCACUCCAAGUCAUGGAGCACGAUCCGCACCCUGAGGUCGCAGCUAUGGCGAAAAAGGUGGUCGACUACAUCAAGAUACAGGCUCGGGAAAACACGGCCUCCAUCAGGGAAGUGUAUUCUAUCUCGCCUGCAGCUUCGCCGUCUGGGAAGGUUUCGUUCAUGGUGAGCGAAUCUCCGCCAACCUCGAACGACUCCUCCAUGGCCCGUUUCAGUGCAAGAGGUGCUUUGAGAAGGAAACCCAUUCCUGGAACUAUCAAUGAAGAAGGUACAAAGGAAAUUACGAAUGGCAUGCGGUGUUUGGUCACCACGCAGUUUUUGGAAUGGAGCAGCCGUUACUUUGCACAACCAAGCAUCAAUAACAAAAGAGAACGCAAACUUCCCGUUUUGGAUUGCGAUUUUGAGUUUAGAAUUAUGAGGAACCAAGAAGUGGAGCAAGAGGCAGACGAAGAGAGGUCAAAGGUGAUGUCUUCAAAGCUGGAGGCGCUACUCUUUCAGGGCAGAAAUUCCGGUGGUUUGAAGUGCGCAGCUCUGCACGCCUACGAACCCUUGAUGACUGUCACUGGAAAUGACUAUUUCAGUCUCUGGGACUGGCAAAGUGGUGCCAAACUGUCCUACAGCAGCAACAAGAACGCGAGAGGCGCGAAAAUUUCGUGCAUUGCAUUGCUAAACGAAGCAGAAGCACUUCCACUCCUCCUCGUCGGCUCCGACGACGGCACAAUAAAAAUCUGGAAAAAUUCCUACAACAACAAGGAGGAAGCGGCGCUCAUCACCGCGUGGCAGGGCUUAACCGAUCCCAUCAGCAGUUUACAAACUAACACCCUACACCCAAAAACCCAUUCUGAUUCUCCUCCUUCAGCAUCAUUUGGUCUUGUCGCCGGUUGGAUACAGAAACACAAGCGGCUCGCAGUCACUGGUGACCUGGCCUCAAGACAUGUUCGCCUCUGGGAUGUAACAACGGAGAAAAAAAUAUACGACCUGCCAAUUGGCACUGACAGUUCGGCUGUCUGUUGUCUGGCUCCUGACUAUUCAGGAGAAUCCCUUCUAGCAGCUGGUUGCGGUGACGGAUCUGUUCGAUUGUUUGACUGGAGGCUGUCACCUCACGAAGCCAGGGUCAUGACAUGGAGGGAACACACCAACUGUGUUAUUGGCCUCUCUUUGCGCAAGGCCACUUCAAUGGGCGGCCUUGUUUCUGGAUGCAAAGCGGGAGACGUAAAACUGUUUGACCUUCGCAGACACAGUGCCAUAGCUAGCAUUCACCUAAAUCAAGGAAUAGGCAAGAUGGCCGUUCACCAGAACGCAGACAUAUUCUGCUAUGGCUCUAUCAGUCAGUACAUUGGAGUCUACCCAAUUCCUGGGACGACCAAAUUAGUUAAUUCGGACAUCGGCUCGAUUCGUUACCAAGAAGGUUUCCGAGGACAACGAUUGGGACCAGCAACGUGUCUCACCUUCCAUCCGCUCAGGGUACUGCUCGCAGCUGGAUCGGCGGACAACUCGAUUAGAGUUUACGGCCAGGAUAAUGCACGCAGAUGAAAUAAGAUUAUGCUACUGGAAGACUACAAUAUAUAUGAUUCGUUUUAUCCGCUAUUGGGUUAGCCACCACAGAAGUGUUGUUUUCCGUUAUUAUUCUCAUCAUUUACUUUGUCUGAGAGCUCUAUUCUGCUAAGUAAGUGCUAGCAAUUCCUAGAUAUUUGGAUGCUUAAUUACUACUCAACUGUUGUUAAACUAAAAUUAGGCCAGAAAAAUUAUAAAAUGCGAAUUGAAUUUCCACAUAUUUUAUUUUGCAAUGCUUAAAAUCAUCUUACGAAUAAAUCACAUUCAAACACGA